ACCGCAAACAAGUCAACAACCAGCAAUAAAGUGAAGUCUUUGUACUAUAAUUAAAUGGCACCAUCUAUAAAUUUGCCUUCUCUCAACUUGAUGAAUUGUUCGAUUUGCAUAAUGCCUGGUUUAAAUAUCCCUUUAUGCCUUGUGCUUUUCUUCAUCAGUAGCACAGUAUCAGAUGAUGAUACCUGUUACUGCCCAAACACAACUACUUACAAUACAAACACCUCUUAUCCUUCCAACCUCAGUUUGCUACUUUCAACCCUUUCUAAUGCCUCUAAGGAACAUAACUUUUACAAUUCCUCCACUGGUGGCAGCGGUAGCAAUGGUAAUUCUGAAAGAAUUUACGGUCUGUUUAUGUGUCGAGGCGAUAUUGCCAGAGGGUCAUGUCAAGAUUGUGUAACUAGUUCUUCUAAUAAAAUAAUCCACAGCUGCCCCCGCGGAAAAAUGGCUGUAUUUUGGUCGGACGGUUGCUUAUUACGUUAUUCUAAUCAAUCAAUAUUCCCCGAGCCAGAUUAUCAAUCCAUAAUAAAAACACCAGAUAAACCUUAUAUGCUAAAUAAAACUAUUCGAUUUACCACUGAUGAACAGAGCAGGUUCAAACAGAAGCUACGAGAAAUGAUGGAUGAUGUGGUGACUCAAGCUGCCAGUGAUCGUUCGAUAGGCAAGAGAUUUGUCACUAGACAAACCAAAUUAAGCAGCGACAUAACAAUUUAUGCCUUGGCUCAAUGCCUUCCUGAUAUUUCUUCUUCUGAUUGCCACAAGUGCCUUGCAAAUGCGACCAAUGUUUUCCAUAAGUGCUGUGAUGAAUAUAGGGGUGCUAGGGUUCGAUUUCCUAGUUGUGUUAUGAGGUAUGAAGUGUACCCAUUCUACAAUAGCCAAGGGCAUGCUGGAAUCCCAAAACAAGUAGCACUAAUUAUUUGUGUAGUCGCUGUUGUCGCUAUUUUGCUUCUACUAUGCAGUGGAGUCUUUCAUUUGCUACUGAGGAAAAGAAGGAAGAAAAGAAUUAAUACUCCAAAGGAGAUGAAUGAUGAUCUUGGUGGGAUUCUAACAGCUGAAUCCUUGCAAUAUGACUUUAGUACAACUGAAGCUGCCACUAACUGUUUCUCUAUGGAAAACAAAAUUGGUGUAGGUGGAUUUGGUGAUGUCUAUAAGGGGGAACUUGCUAGUGGACAAGAAAUAGCUGUAAAAAGGCUAUCAAGAAGAUCAAGCCAAGGUGUAGAUGAAUUUAAGAAUGAGGUUUUACUUGUAGCUAAGCUUCAACACAAAAAUUUAGUCAGACUGCUCGGUUUUUGCUUGGAAGGAGAAGAAAAGAUACUCAUCUAUGAGUUUGUGCCCAACAAAAGCCUCAACUAUUUCUUAUUUGAUACGAAGAAGCAAGCAACGUUGUGUUGGUCAGUUCGUGACAAGAUUAUAAGAGGAAUAGUACGAGGAUUAGUUUAUCUUCAUGAAGAUUCUCGUCCUCGAAUCAUACACCGUGAUCUCAAAGCAAGCAACAUUUUGUUAGACAAAGACAUGAACCCAAAAAUUUCAGAUUUUGGCACGGCUAGAAUAUUUGGAGUUGAUCAAACUGAAGGAAGCACUGACAUAGUAGUUGGCACAUACGGCUACAUGUCUCCAGAAUAUGCGAUGCAUGGUCAAUUUUCUGUGAAGUCUGAUGUAUUCAGUUUUGGUGUGCUUCUUCUAGAGAUAAUAAGUGGAAAGAGAAAUAGAUCGUUUUAUCAAGAAGAUAAAUUUGACGACCUUCUUACCCACGCUUGGAAGUUGUGGAAAGAUGGCAAAGCUAUGGAACUUGUAGAUCCAACUCUUAUCGGUGACUCAAAUUCAAGGUCUGAAAUCAUGAGAUGUAUACAUAUUGGACUCUUAUGCGUUCAAAAUGAUUUGGAUGAAAGACCUACAACUGUGUUGAUAGCUCAUAUUCUCUGUACUGAUUUUGCUACUCUGCCAGAGCCAAAUCAACCAAAGAUCUUUUAAGAUUAUACUAGAAUAGGAAAGAUGAAUCAACUCACGAGAAAAUCCAUUCCAUCAUCCGUUAUUCAAGAAUCAAUUACUGAAGUCUAUCCGAGAUUAAAUGGUCCUUUACUCAGCAUCUAUAAAUUUGCCUUCUGUCAACUUGAUGAUCGUUCAAUUUGCACAAUGCCUAGUUUGAAUAUCCCAUUAUGCCUUGUGCUUUUCUUGAUCAGCCAAAGUAUCAGAAUUACAGUAUCAGCUCUUGAUGACUAUUAUUGCCCAAACACAACUACUUACAGUACAAAUUCCUCUUAUCAUUCCAACCUCAUCUUACUACUUUCAACCCUUUCUAACGCCUCAAGCAAAUAUGGUUUUUACAAUUCCUCCACUGGCAUCGGCAGUAAUUCUGAAAGAAUCUAUGGUUUGUUUAUGUGUCGAGCUGAUAUUUCAAGUGGGUAUUGUCAAGAUUGUGUGACUAUAGCUGCUAAAAAUAUAAUCCAGUGCUGCCCCGGCAGAAAAACGGCUGUAUUUUGGUUGAACCGGUGCUUAUUACGUUAUACGAAUCGAUCAAUUUUCCCCGAUCCAGAUUAUGGAUCCAUAAUUAACAAACCAGAUAGACCUUAUGUUCUACGUAAUCCUAUUCAGAUUACCUCUGAUGAACAGACCAUGUUCAAACAGAAGCUGGGGGAAUUGAUAGAUGACGUGGCGACUCAGGCUGCUAGUGAUCAUUCGAUAGGCAAGAAAUUCGCCACCAGAGACACCAAUUUUACUGUUAACAAAACAGUUUAUGCCUUAGCUCAAUGCAUUCCUGAUCUUUCUUCUUCUGCUUGCCUAAAGUGCCUUAGGAUUGUGAUCAAAGUUGUCCAUAAGUUUCCUGAUGAACCUAGGGGUGCUAGAGUUCAAUUUCCCAGUUGUUUUAUGAGGUAUGAAGUGUACCCCUUCUACAACAGCAAGCCACCUGCUCUGUCCUAUAAUCGAGGGCAUAAUGGAAUUCCAAAACAUGUAGUCCUAAUUUUCUGUGUAGUCGUUGCCAUCGUUCUUUUGUUUCUACUAUCCAGUGGACUCUUUCCUUUGCUACUGAGGAGAAGGAGAAGGAAAAGAAAUAAUACACUAAAGGAGAUGAAUGUUGCAGUUGAUCUUAGUGGGAUUCUAACGGCUGAAUCCUUGCAAUAUGACUUUAAUACAAUUGAAGCUGCCACUAACUGUUUCUCUAUGGAAAACAAAAUUGGUGUUGGUGGAUUUGGUGAUGUAUUUAAGGGUGAGCUUGUAACUGGACAAGAGAUAGCUGUAAAAAGACUAUCAAGAAGGUCAAGCCAAGGUGUAGAUGAAUUUAAGAAUGAGGUUGUACUUGUAGCUAAGCUUCAACACAGAAAUUUAGUGAGACUGCUCGGUUUUUGCUUGGAAGGAGAAGAAAAGAUACUCAUCUAUGAGUUCGUGCCCAACAAAAGCCUCGAUUAUUUCUUAUUUGAUACGAAGAAGCAAGCGGCUCUGAGUUGGUCAGUACGUGACAAGAUUAUUAGAGGAAUAGUACGAGGAUUAGUUUAUCUUCAUGAAGACUCUCGUCCUCGAAUCAUACAUCGUGAUCUUAAAGCAAGCAAUAUUUUGUUAGACAAAGACAUGAACCCAAAAAUUUCAGAUUUUGGCAUGGCUAGGAUUUUUGGAGUUGAUCAAACUGAAGGAAGCACAAGCAUAAUUGUUGGCACAUACGGCUACAUGUCUCCAGAAUAUGCGAUGCACGGUCAGUUCUCUGUGAAGUCUGAUGUAUUCAGUUUCGGUGUGCUUCUUUUGGAGAUAAUAAGUGGAAAGAGAAAUAGAUCAUUUUAUCAAGAAGAUAAAUUUGAUGACCUUCUUACCCAUGCUUGGAAGCUGUGGAAAGAUGGAAAAGCUAUGGAACUUGCAGAUUCAACUCUUAUCGGUGACUCAAAUUCAAGGUUUGAAAUCAUGAGAUGUAUACAUAUUGGGUUGUUAUGCGUUCAAAAUGAUUUGGAUCAAAGACCUACGACUGUUUUGAUAGCUCACAUUCUCAGUACUGAUUCUGCUACUCUGCCAGAGCCAAAUCAACCAGCAUCCUAUAAGGAUUACACUAGAAUAGGAAAGAUGGAUCAACACACAAGCAAAUCAAUUCCAUCGUCCGUUAUUCAAGAAUCAAUUACUGAAGUCUACCCAAGAUAGUAUAGCCAAGAUCAUCACGUACAGAAACUAGUAUAAUCUUUCAAAAUUCAAAUCGCCACAAAACAUUUUUUAUGACGAUUUUUUCACUUUCUGCAAAGACUAGAAAAAGUCCUAUUUCUUGAAGUGAUAAAUAGUGAGUCUCAAUUAUUGUAUGAGGAGUCUGUGAAAAGA